CGCCAUUGUGAGCAAUCGCUUCACACUCUGCCCUUCUGCCCGACAUCUUGCAGUCUACUUGCUGGACCUGUUCAUGGACCGCUAUGACAGCUCCAUCCAGCAGCUGCAUUUAGUUGCACUCUCCUGUCUGCUUCUGGCAAAUGGAGCCAUUCCUACCACUGUCUUCCCCACCAACAAUAGACUGUCUUCCUCUGGACCGUGAGCCAAAGUAAAUCCUUCUCCUUUAGCAAACACAUUCAGGAACAGCAAGGAGAGGAGUAACUAAGAUCCGCGCCAGGAUUUGAGUAAUAGGCAUUGGGUACUUUUAUUAUUAACACUUUAAAAUUCCCACAGGUGAUUUUGAUGUACCAUUUUGAUUGAGAUCUAUUUUUUCUUGAUCAGUGAUUGACAACCAGAAGCAACUUUGGGAAUGCUACUAGUUUCUAAUGCAUAAAUGCUUUGGGCGCUGCUAAAUAUCCUAUAAUUGGAAGAACAGUUACCCAGAACCAAGAUUCUUUUUCUCAAAACAUGAAUGUAGGCUGACUUUAAGAAACUCUGUCUUAAAGGUGCCACAUACUUCUUUGUCUUGCCUGCUGACAUAGGCUUACUGAACUUAGUCAGGUUCUCUGCAACGGGUACAAAUGUGGCUUCAGUAUAUAAUCUGAUAGAACUGUAUUUAUUGCCCACUUAGAAUGUGCUACUAGGCCUCUUGGUGCCAAAACUCAUUUUGAGGUUUGCUAGUGUCUGCACUAAAGAGAAAGGACAAGUAAAAUAAUUAAAAUUGAGUUUUUAUUCUCUUUAUUCAGUAAUGUAAAAAGGUCACAUCUGAUGUGAAGUGGAAUUGGUAAUACUGUUUUUAUAUUAUUUAUGCCAUUAAGCCUCAUUUCAAAGUAAUAUAUAGUUGCUAUCAUCCCCCUUGACCUCAGAUCUCACUGAAAAGUUUGAAUCCAGUAUGGCUGCUAUGAUAAGAGCAUUCCCGGUAGGCUGUGAAGCUUCUUCACACUAAUAAACCUGAAACCCUGUGCACUGUUAGUGAUCAUUUCCAUACCUGGUCCUCUUAGAUUGUAUUUUCUUACUCCGAGACUUCUACUUGAGUGGCUUCUGUAAAUUAACUUCAGAUCCUUCUUGAAACUAAAUGAAUGUAAAUAAAACCCCAGCCGUGAUGGCUUCCUGCUGCCCUUCGUUAGGGUAGGAACUGCUUAGUGGAGCAUUUAGAGCCCUUACUACACAUCAACCUAGUCCCAGUGUGUGCCUCCGGUGCCAAGUUCUUAUCAGAGUACUCUGUACUUCCCGAAUAGCUUAUUCUCCCACAGAAAUUGGUUUUCCUCUAAGAUCUAGACAGAGAAGUAGUACUUACACAUAAUUUAAUCAAAGUUUCAUACUCAAAGGAUGUCUCCUAUACAGUACUACUGAUGUUUUGUGACUGGCUUUGAAUUGAAGCCCUUUAAUGUUUAAUUGUCUACAUGAGAUUAGAAAAACCCAUACUUGAUAGGUCAGGUGUAUGAAAGUCCACAGGUAACAUGUUUGGUUUUGUUUAAUCCCAUAGAAUGUACACUAAGGGUAUAAUGCUCAUAGUAGGCCAAACUCUGGCAAUCAGACAUAAAAGCAGGGAGUGCUACCUUACUUUUUUUAGAUCAUUAAUGAAAAAUAUUUUUUUUUAGCCUCCUAUGGCUGCUACUGUCAACUCAACGAUUGCUAAGUCCCACCUUGCUUUCAGUGGUUCUCGGAGUAUUCUGAAUCAAAUAGGAAGCUAAACUUGAUGAACUGUGAAAUUAUGAGUGACAGUAAUGUAGUUUCAUAAAAUAGCUUACAUUGUGAUUAGUUUGCUUACUAACUUACCAAACUAGGUAGGGUCUCAUAUUAUACGGAAUCACCAAGGUUCACUGUGAGAUUUAGUUGGUUCUUAAAGAAUUUUAAGCCAGAUAUGGUAGAACCUACAUUCAGGCAGUAUGGUAAGAGCCUGUGUGCAGGAUGCUAAGUCUGCUGUUUCCACAACAGAGGAAGGGAAUUUGAUUCUUGUAGUGUCUUAGGAUAGGUUGAAAUGUAGUGCAGUGUAUGGCUGUGAUCUUUUAUUCUAUGGGAUAUUAUUUGGUGUAAUUAUGUGGCAAUGUGUAAUUGUUAAAUUUAAAACUUCUUUCUUUCUAGUAACAAGGUGUAGUUUGUCUUUGCGCUAGUUUAGAUAUGAAUGACACAUGUCACUGUCUUAGUUACUUCCUACUGCCACGACAAAGCACCGUGACCAUAACUUACAAAGGCAUUAGUGGGCUUGCUGUUCUAGAGGGAGGUGUCAGUGCCUUUGUGGCACAGAGCAUGGCGGCAGGCAAGCACGGUACUGGAACAGUAGCUGAGUGUUUACAUGUUGAGAAAACAUCCACGAGAGAGAGGGGACGGGGGUCGGGGGGAGAAUACCAACUGGAACAGUGGGGGCUUCUGAGACCUCACUGGGGACCAAGCAUUUAAACAUACGACCUUAGGAGACAUUCUCAUUCAAACCACCGGAGUCAGCUACUACUGGAAGAGCCUGAUACCUCCUCCCUUUGUUCUGCUGUCACCUUUUACCCGUUUUCCUGAGAGAACUGCUUUUACAUUCCACUUUUCCACUGUGGAGUGGGGCGUGUCCAGGUAACCCAUCAGCCCUACGGAGUUGGAGCAAUUCUCCCCACUAGGUCAGGAACUGAAGAUUGGAAUUUAGUUAGCAACAAUAUAGCCUCCCCUCUCUCAGUCUCUCAUAUGGGUCAAAAAAGCUUUGUACACUUAUAAACCAAUAGUCUGUUUUUAGUGUCUGAUACUUCGUAUAAAUUCGUGGGAUUAUUUUAGUAUUUCUUGUAUUUUUUUUUUCCUUCUUUCUCAAUCCUUGCCCCGCACAGGGUUUCUCUUUAUAGGACUGGCUGUCCUGGAACUUGCUCUGUAGACCAGGGUGACCUCAACUUCAGCGAUCCACCUGCCUCUGCUGUGCACUUGCUGGGAUUAAAGGCCUGUGCCACCGUAGCCAGCAUUUCUUAUAUUCUGUCACCUGUUUUCUUCCAUUUGGAUACCAGUGGCAGCUCUCCAUUAGAAAGAUUGACUUCAUAUUCUGACUGCCCACUGUCUGCUCCCUACAUACGAGGGUGUAUUAUGAAAUAAAGAAUAGUUCAUAACUAUUAGAUCAGGAGACAAUUAUUUAAUAGAUUGGGUGCUGUGUGUAAUGUGGCCAAAGACAGAUCAGAGUUUGUAUGUUCUUGGAACUAAUGCUUACCCGCCUGCCUGGGGAGCUACACUACUGAGGUGGGAAGAAGGAGCCUGGAUGUUCUCUGAUUUGAAAGCACUUGUAGGGGCUGGGGAUUUAGCUCAGUGGUAGAGCGCUUACCUAGGAAGCGCAAGGCCCUGGAUUCGGUCCCCAGCUCCGAAAAAAAGAACCAAAAAAAAAAAAAAGAAAGCACUUGUACUAGUGAGGAGUCAGAUUGUAGGUUUGUAGGUUUAAAUCACCAGUGCAGUACUUUGAGUCUCAGGUUAAUUCUCUAUAAAAUGGAAAUAAAGACACUGGGCUUAUAAAGUUGUUCUUAGGAGCAAAUAGAGCCACAUAGGAAAACUGCAGUAUAGAAAGUGUUGCUUUGUAUGGACCAGUUUCCCUGUUCCACUCCUAAAGACUCUGCCUGUUUCUAAAGUGAUCUGUAUUUCUCAGGAAAAUAACUUCUUACAUUUUGGUUGUUUUCUGUGGCUUGCUUUGGCUUGUUCGAGCAGCCUUGAGCUUGCAGGUAGUUUGCAAGCAGCCUUGAAAUGAGGCUUCUGAUAGAUGCUCAUGAUCGUGGACUCAAGGUGAAGACUUUCAGUCAGAGGCUGUUAGUGCUAACAGUUUGUAGCAAGUGAUGUUUCCCUUUGCUCACCAAUACCGACUUAAGUUUUAUUUUUUAUUAGGUGAAAAAUUAAAGCUUACAGUUGGCUUGAUUUAAGUCUUAUUUUUUAAUGAAUUUGCUUCCCAGACCCCAUAAGUUGCCUUUUCCUGUUCUUUCUCUGCUUCUCUUCUAAGCUGAUGGCCUUAGUGCUUGUGAGGAUUCUUUGUGUACAGUGUGGAUGACUUUCCGAGUUGGUAAUGAAGGGAGAGAACACUGGCUGGGCACCAGAGAGCAUCGUCAGCCUAGUCACUGUGUCGGUUGUCUCCACCACGAAGCUGUCAUUUGUGGCUGACUUUGGAACCACGGUUUCCAUGUCUGAUCUUACAUUUCCUGCAAAGGGAAGACAACAUGGUAUUUUGUUUCUGGCCUCUGAUUCUUUAUUUUCUGGGAAUCAGAUGAAUUUCCUGUGUCCUCGUUUCCUGUCUGAGUCCUUUAUCGAUAUAGUCACAUGGCUUCUGGUAUUUCCUGUCAGGUGAAACCCCGAUCUUUGUGAUCUGUGGAAUAAGAGACACAGGCGGUUAACACAGGGAUAGGUGCAGACGCACGGGCUCGUGUUUUCACAGCUCGGGAAGUUCUUGUCCAUGUGGUUGGGUGUGUUCCCCCGUCCAUGAUGGAAAGGUUCCUAAGAACUUAAGACUGGAUUAGAACCCAGUGUGGUUAUUGUGCAGUGUCUCACUUGUCUAUUUUCACAGGGUCUUACUGUGUAGCUGGCUGACUUGACGCCUCCUAGGUGGACCAAACUGGCCUAAACCACCUGCUUCUGCUCCCAAGAACUAGGAUUAAAAGCCUGUGCACUGUGCCUGGCAUAAAAUUUAUUUUAUUUUUAUUUUACGCGCAUUAGUGUUUUGCCUUUAUGAAUGUCUGUAUGAGGGUGUCGGAUUCCCUAAAGCUGGAGUUACAGACAGUUUUGAGCUGCCAUUAUGGGUCCUCUGGAAGAACCAGAGCUCUUAAUGGGUAAGCCGUCUCUCCAGCCCAUGCAGUUUAUUUUUAAAUUUGAAAAUCAGCGUAUAGACUCCUAACACUUAUAGCUGAAUAUUUAUAAACAUAGAUACAGUCUGCCAUCCUGAUAGCUGUCCCAUGUAGUCUGGCGUUGUGCUUUGGUUUGGGAAUGUAAAAGUCGUCCGUCUGCCCUUCAGUUUUGGUUUCACUCACCUUACUGUCCUUGGGUGAACUGGCUAACCUUACGUAAUGCCUUGGUCUCUUGAGCUUGAAAUUGACCAUAAAUAGUUUUUAUUUUUUGAUGAUGAAAGUUUCAAAGGGGGAAUUUGAAACCCCCUUGAUCCUUGAAUUAUGGUGAAUUAUGGUAUAUUAAUGUUUUCAAAGCAACUUAAAAUGUGACAUAAAUAAACUCAUUAACUUUUAUAACAUUUCUUUGAAGUGUGCAGCCAGUACUGCUGCUACCCAAUUGGCCAAGUGCUUGAAAGCCUUAGUGACUCAUGGGAGACAGCAACCACCUGCACCAUUCUCCUCCACCGAGCUUUGUGAUUACUCUGGGAACAGUAGCUUCCUUUCCUGCUCAGUGGUAAUACUGAGCACCACUGUAAUGUGAAGACCACUGUCGUGGUAUUGUAAAAUGCCAUUUUCACAUGACUUGAACUGGGAGAGGCUGUCUGGAUCCUUAAAGUCUGCAUUAUUAAGUUUUCCUCCUCAGCAGUAAUAUUUAGAAUGGUUUCGAGCUGGAGAGAUGGCGGCAGCGGUGGGGUGGGGUGUAUCUGGGAUUCUGAUACUCCGGAGACCAGCCUGGGCAGUGUAAAUUGUGUUUUGAAAUUAAAAUUGAAAAGGGCCAGCAGUGUCGUUUUGUAAAACAGUUGCUAACGUGUGGAUAAAGCUCAUUCAAGAGCAGUUGGAGUUUAGAUUUAAAGAAGUUCACAUUCUCUCUAGAGCAAGAAUAGCUGUCUCCUGCUUCUUUGGGUUUAAAUUUUUUUCAAAAUAGCUUAGCACUUCCUGGUGUCAGGGACACAUCUUCCUAGCCCUGUUCUGUUCCCUAAGCAGACUCCUAGGUAAGCAGCAGGAUUUUCUUUAUCUCCGAGAUGAGCCAGUGUGAGCAAAGCCCCUCUGGCUACCCACCACCAGCACACCGGCCCGCCCAGUGGCCCUGGCCUCUGCCAUCUGUGGUACCAGCUUUAACCAGUGUUACAAAUCCAGCCCUUCAAGAAGAGACCCUUCACCAGGAAAUAUUAGUUUCCUUGUUUAUAAAUGGGUAGAUUAAAAUUACAAGGUUUCCAAGGAAAGCAGAUGAUAUUGAGAUCAUUGUCAAGAUAUUAAAACAAUUUUAUAUAUAAUAAUGUGUGCUUCUGGAAAAUAACUUUCUAAUAAUAGUUUUGAAAAAGAAUUAGUGUAUAAUCCCUUGAGAGAAAUCUAUAAUUAUAAUUUUUUAUCUUCAGUGUAAAAUAGAACACAGUUCUGAGAGAGUGUGUGCUAUAGUCCCAGUCUCUGUUCUUCUGUGAACCACCAUGUCCCAGAGACAGACGUACCCAAGGGCAUGCUUUAUGCAUAGGAAUGUUUAUUUGGAAAUGGAAAUGGAAGCUGUUUCAUAAUCCAUAGGAACAUUUUUCUUAGGUAGAAAGGAAAGCUUACCCCUCACCGUGAAUAGUUGGAACAUCAGUUGGAUAUGUUCUGAGAAGUUAAUGCUUCAGAUAAUGAGCUCCACAGUGUGACCUUCACUACUGUUCUGCUUUGCUAAGGGAUUUAAAAGAGGAUAAGAAUCUUCCUCCCCUCCCUCUGGCUUUCAAACAGUACUAGAGGGAAGGGAAGCACCGCCUUGGGGUUAUGUGUGCUUUGUGGCGAUCAGAGGACAACUUUGUGAAGUUUGAUCUCUGCUUCCACCCUUGGGGUUCUGGGGGUGCACUCAGGUUUCCAGGCUUGCACACUGAGCACCUCUCCCCACUGAACCACCUCAGUGAGCUUUUCACUAUGUAGUCUGUAUUGUAGCCUCUUACUUCCUGUUCUGUGUCAGCUUACCAAAUGAUUACAGGCACACGUGCUGUGUGCAUGCACCACAUACCUAGUCCCGCUCUGUUUCUUAAAAACACAUGUACAGAAAAGAGACUUAGCAGUAGGCUUACUCUUUGUGCUUUUGUUUGUGAAAUAGAAGUGCCUGUAUUAGACACAUUUACUCGGUUUUCCCUCCAUCGUUUGUUUUUCUCUGCUCUUGAGAUUAUGCUGAAAACUUGCCAAGAUUAAAUAUACUUGGUGCUGACUGGUUUUCAGAAGAAGUUAAGAACUACUAGCUCAGGGGUUGGGGAUUUAGCUCAAUGGUAGAGCGCUUGCCUAGCAAACGCAAGGCCCUGGGUUCGAUCCCCAGCUCCGAAAAAAAGAAAAAGAAAAAAAAAAAAAAGGUGUAAAGAACUACUAGCUCAGUGGCCGAGCAUUCGGCCACGUAAAGUUCUCAUGUUAAAUUCUUGACACUAAAAUAAUGUUCUCCAAUUACCCUCUGCCCACAAAAACCCCUGGCCUUGUUAGCACAUGGACUGUUCCCUUUGUGCCACAGGGCACACUUCAAGUAUAUGCACAUGUUGUUUUCAGAGAAUGGUUAAAGGUCAAGGGUGGGGACAUCCUAGGAAGAGGAUGACACUGGACAGAAGAGCGUUCUGGUGAAGUGCAUCUGUAGGACACAGAGGAGACUGUUCUUAAACCUGAGUCCUGCUGGCACAUCCCAUUUAGCUGGCGAGACCUCCGAACAGCACUUUGCUAACAUUCCCACUCCUCUUUACAAGGCAAAUUUGAAGAGAAAGAGGACAGCGUGCCUAAGCUGGAGCAGCUCAACAGCCUGGGCUGCAUGACUAAUAUGAACCUGGUGCUGACGAAGCAGAACUUGCUGCACAUGGAGCUCCUGCUCCUAGAGACCUUUCAGUGGAACCUCUGCCUUCCCACGGCUGCCCAUUUCAUUGAGUAUUACCUCUCUGAGGCAGUACACGAGACAGACCUUCAUGACGGCUGGCCGAUGGUUUGCCUGGAAAAGACUAAACUUUACAUGGCCAAGUAUGCGGACUACUUCCUGGAAGUGUCUCUGCAAGAUUAUGCCUUUCUAAAUUAUGCACCUUCUUUAGUAGCUGCUGCAUGUGUGGCUUCUUCGAGGAUUAUCCUUCGUCUGUCUCCAACAUGGCCCACAAGACUGCACCGUCUCACUGCUUACUCCUGGGACUUCUUGGUGCAGUGCAUUGAGCGGCUGCUGCUUGCUCACGACAAUGACGUGAAAGAAGCAAACAAACAGAGGGGACAGUCGGCUCCUCAGUCAGCACAGCUGACUGUGUUCCAGACAGCGCAGCCCUCACGGCCAGUUCACUUCCAGCAGCCUCAGUAUCUUCAUCAGACCUCCGUGCAGUAUCGACAUCCUGUGUCAGAACAGCCAAGCCGUCAGCAGAUUGUGUCUACCACACACACCUCGUCUUACACGCUGCAGACUUGUCCUGCCGGCUUUCAGACCAGUGUUCAGGGCCUUGGCCACAUGCAGACUGGUGUUGGGAUGUCCCUGGCAAUACCAGUGGAAGUUAAACCCUGCCUCAGUGUUUCCUAUAACCGGAGUUACCAGAUAAACGAGCAUUUCCCAUGCAUUACCCCAUGCUUUGAGAGGUGAUGACGUAUGUGUGCGGGUCAUAGAUAACCCAGACGGUUCUGAGACGGAGAGCUCUGGAGCAAGCUCAUGUACUCCUCUUCAGAAGGAAAGGAUACAAAUAGUACCACAGAGCAAUGGCCCCAGCACCAGAAGACUGAGUAUCCCUUUCAGUACCAUGAGUACCUAGGAGGACUUGGAAAGUAGUGACAUGUGUCAAAUCCUAUGUGACAGAAAUGUCCCAGUCCUUGGCUGAUGGUUCAAAUAUUUCGAAAUGCUCAAUACAGCAGAAAAUUUGCCAUUCUAAGAUUUGACCUGUGGUGGGCUUUGGCCUUAUGCUGGCAUACAUGUCAAAGACUUAGUGUUUGUCUGUGGACUUGCCAAACCAUCUUCUAUGAAGGAAAGUUACAGUAUUAAUUUUUGAAGAAUUGUUUUAAUCCUGCAGCUCAGAGUUUUGUGACCUACUGGUAGGUUUCUAAAUUCAAACUCAUCGGUUGCUAAGUAUACUAAUCUGUGCAGUUAAAAAAUCCAUAUGAUUUUAUAUAACUUCAUAUCAUAAAUAUAGGUGCUGGAUUUAUAUACUACAGUUAGAGGCGAAGCAGAUACAUACCUUGAAAUCAUGGUCAUAAUUUUCGUUUUGCUCUGCUACCUUUCCCCCUAAGUGGUCAGCCCCGAUUCUUCAGGGUUUAGCACAUCUAACUCAGGGAACUUGUAGUACUUGGAAACACUUAGUUGUAACCAACAUGCCUUGGGAAUGUUAGGACAUGAACUACCUGUGUAAGGCUGCAGUGCCCCUGCUGGGAUGAGACUAGAUCAUAGCACAGGACGAACGACAUGGGUCCUGAGUUCGUGCAUGGACGGCGUGCGCAUCACGCAGUGCAGUCAGAGGCCUGUACUCAGAUUGGUUGUCACUCGUAAGACAGUGUUCAGGGGAAGGCCUCCUGGAAAGGGUCAGUGCUAGAGUGGAGUCGGGUAGGAUUGUUCUGGAGUUGAGGGUGGCUAGGGUCGUCCUCAGGUCGGGCUGGUGCCGCACUUUGUGGGGAGGGUGGUUCUUGAGCACCCUUGGGAUCCAGAAAGUCAGGGCAGGGCAUUGACUCCAAUAGCUGCUUUCUGUGGUUGACUGUAACUACGCAGGGACAACUCACUGUACUGGGCGUGAGUGAAACAGCAACAGUCGUCAUAGCAAGGGCAACCUGGCCGUGAGGUACCGUCAGGAGGUGGGGAGGACAGACGUGAGAAGUGAUAAGCUGUGAGUCUGGUAUACUCUUAACCAUGGAAGAGCAGAGAGCUGGUGGAGGGAGACUUCCUGGCUUAAGACGAGUCAGAUGUGUGUGUUUUUAUAAGAGAGCACUUGAAUAGAAGGGAAACUGUGGCCGCUGAGAGACCAUAGUGGGUAUUGAUGAGAGCUCACUGUAAAGAUGUGGAUGUGCAGCAGGAGUCAGUGGCCUUUGCUGGGAAGGGAAGGGCAGGGCAGGGCAGGGCAGGGCUCCACAGCGUGGUGGACUGAGAGAGGAAGCUCCGGUGGAGAAGUGCGGUGGGUAGCUUCUGCCAACAGGAAUUCUUAGAGAAAUGUUUUCCUUAAAAGGAAGCUAACUUUUAUAUUUAGCGUACAUAAGGCAUGGUGUGGACUUACUAGUCAGUGAUGAAAACCACUCAGGUAAGAACACUCGUGAAUGGUUUUCAAGCGUGAAAACUGUUGUAGGAACGUAUCGCUUUUCCUCUUUAAAAUGGCUGCUAAUUGGAUUUUAUAAACUCUUAAGAAAACUUGAAUUAUUAGGAGGAAGUAGGUUCAAAAGAUAAUGUAUCUUUCACGUUCACAGAUAGAGCCCAGCAACAUGGAGUCCAAUUUUCAGUGUUGUAACUACCUCAGUAAUGCUAUGAAUGUAAGAGAUUGGGAUAGAAUCCUAACUUGAAACAACAGUCAGUGCCUGUGGUAACUUAAUGUCCUGUCAGUGCUUUUAUUGAUUGGUUAUGUGUCAUUCUUGUUGUCAAAGAAUACUUGCCUUUUUUAAAAAGCUUAUUAACACUUUCCAGUUUAUAUUUAAAAAGCUAAAGAACACUGGAUUAAUCCUUCUGGGGGUGGAGUCAGAUAAUUCAUGACUAUUGCUGCAUUCCCGGAUGGGGAGGCUGGAGAAUCAUGACUGUUUCUAAAAACAGCAGGAUUCAAUAUAAAUGCAACUCAACGACAGUUAGCUGGGGGGUGGGAGUGUGUGGGUUUCAUUUUGUUUAAUUUAUUAAUUAGUCUUAAAGGUUUUUUUCUGUUUUGAGAUUACUGGACCAUCAUUAAAUGUGUACUGUGAAAAGAUUAAUGAUGUGUGUAAAGGACUUAACCAGAGUCCAUGAAAUAAACACUAUUCAAGUACAAAAUGCAAACCAAAAUAUCUGUGCUCUGACUAACUACACACAGUGAGUACAGUGCUGGGUCUACACAGCAGGGUCUACACAGCAGGGUCAGUGAGUGCUGUGCACUUGAUUUUAAAAUAAAAGUCAUUUUCACUAAAA